AAAAUCCCUCUCCAGAUUAAAUCCAGAAACCACUAAACUCAAAACCCUAAGCCCCCAAAUCUGCAGCAGGAGCAGCCAUGGUGUGCAUCAGGCGAGCGACAGUGGACGAUCUGCUGGCUAUGCAGGCCUGCAACCUCAUGUGCCUCCCCGAGAACUACCAGAUGAAGUACUACCUCUACCACAUCCUCUCUUGGCCUCAGCUUCUCUACGUCGCCGAGGACUACAACGGUCGCAUCGUCGGCUACGUCCUCGCCAAGAUGGAAGAGGAGAGCAACGAGUGCCACGGCCACAUCACUUCCCUCGCCGUUCUCCGCACUCAUCGCAAGCUCGGCCUCGCCACUAAGCUCAUGACCGCCGCCCAAGCUGCCAUGGAACAGGUUUAUGGGGCAGAGUAUGUUUCAUUGCAUGUGAGGAGGAGUAACCGAGCAGCCUUCAAUCUCUACACGGAGACAUUAGGCUACCAGAUUAACGAUGUUGAAGCCAAGUAUUACGCCGAUGGAGAGGAUGCCUAUGAUAUGCGAAAGAAUCUCAAGGGUAAGCAGAUUCAUCAGCACCACAGCGCCGGCCACGCUCAUCAUCACCAUGGAGGUGGUUGUUGUUCAGCUGAUGCUAAACCUGUUGAAACAACAACUCAAGCUGAAGCAACAAGUUCCAAGUGAGACUCCACUCUGUGAGUAGAUUGGGCUUUAGCUCUAAUACUCCUCACUGCUUUUUCCAUUCAUAUGAUUUUUGUUUGAGUGUCUAAAAUACAUUUGUGUUUGUUUUCCAUUGUCUUCUCCAAUCUUUUUUUUUCUAUGUAUCAAUGUUUCACAAGUACCAACCUUUUGUUUUUCCCUUUUAAAGGCUUUACAACUUUAGAUUGAAA